AUGUGUAAAUUCCAUAAUCGUUUAUUUGUGUUCGCUUUACUCACCCUGGGUUGGAGCUUCAUUGUGGUUUGGUCCAAGCCGGUGCUAAGGCAAGACUCGGAUGAAAAUUCCAAUUUAAAUUUCAAUGAAAUAAUGGCCUUGUCUGCCCUGCUGGCACCCCAAGAUAACUAUGAUCUACACUAUGAUCAAAGGCAAAAGGGCUCCGAGAAUUAUCGUGUCAAAUUGGAUGGCUUCUUUAUUGGCAUACCACAGGAGGAUAGUUCAUCGCUGCUGCUGCUAACCGAUGAUAUUUUAGAGAGUUUUGGUGAGGAUAUUCUUUCCAAACCGGAUAAAAAUAAAAAUCGUAAAGUUUCCCCUGUGGAAUUGGAAAGUUAUCCGAAAUCACAAAAAUCGACCUCAGAAGUAGAUCCUGUCUCAGCUGUGGUGGUGGAGAUACCUUCUCCAGGUGGGAAAUUUGGUCAGGCCCGCAACCGUGAAGAUGAUACCGAGGAGAUACAAAACAAACCCAGCCCCAGCCGAACCAAGUCUUUUAUAUCUCAUUUAUUGGCUGUCAUGAAGAGGGGACAGAGGAAUUAA